UUUCCCAACACGUUUUCCAGAAGGCAUCAGAGAAAAAAAAUUAGUAUUUCUUUUAAAUUUCUUCCACAUUCAUCGUUUCCUAUCAACGCCUUUGAUAAAGGAAUAUGGCAGAAACAGAAGUAAAGAAGAAAGAAUCGGUAUUUCAAGAGCUUCAGGCGGACGAGGACGCUGGAGUUAUCACUGUGGAAAGUUUGUGUAUGAACUGCCAUAAAAACGGUACGACUCGCCUCCUCCUGGUCAAGAUUCCGUUUUUUAAAGAGAUAAUAUUGUCAUCAUUUCACUGUGAGCAUUGUGGAGAAAAGAAUAGUGAAAUACAGUCUGGUUCAUCUAUUCAAGACAAGGGAUGCAAAAUAUCAUUAAAGAUCACUACCAAGAAGGAUCUGGAUAGACAGGUAGUUAAGCAAGAAAGUGCCUCCUUUUCUAUUCCCAAACUUAGCUUUGAAGUUCCUCCAUUUACGCAGAAGGGAGAAAUAAGUACCAUAGAAGGACUGAUAACCAGGGCAGUGGCAGGACUUGAGCAGGACCAACCAGUCAGAAGACAUAUGGAUCCUGAAUCAGCUAAAAAGAUUGAUGCAUUCUUAGUGGAACUUAAAAAGUGUUUAGAAGUGGAAACACCAUAUAUCGUUAUCCUUGAUGAUUGCACUGGGAACAGUUUCAUUGAGAAUAUUUAUGCUCCAAAACCUGAUCCCAAUAUGAAAACAGAACUUUAUGAAAGAACAACAGAACAAGACAAUAGUCUUGGCUUCUAUCAAAACACAUCUGGAGAAGAAGAGGCUGAAGAAAAGAAGGAGUCUGAAGAAAAAGGUAAAAAAAAUAAAGCAUUUGACAAAGAUGAGGUAAUAACUAUCCCCACGAAUUGUACAUCUUGUAAUGCUCCUUCAGAAACAAGAAUGAAACUUGUGUCUAUUCCUCAUUUCAAAGAAGUGAUAAUCAUGGCCCUCACUUGUGAUACCUGUGGUUUUAAAAGCAAUGAAGUCAAGUCUGGAAGUGGUAUUGAGCCUAAGGGGCGUAAAUUGACUCUAAAGAUAACUGACCCCGAGGAUCUUAGCAGGGAUAUUCUUAAGUCUGAGACAUGUACACUGAGUAUCCCAGAAUUAGAGUUUGAAGCUGGAGGGCCUACACUUGGUGGAAAGUUUACAACUAUAGAGGGCUUGUUAUCAAAUGUUGGUGAUCAUCUCAAGUCAAUCAAUCCUUUUGGUUUUGGUGAUGGAUUUUCUUUGAGUGGUGGUAAACUAAAAGGCUUUCUUGAUAAUCUACAAAAGAUCAUUUCAGGUCAGUGGAUGGGUGUGCACAUUAUUCUUGAUGAUCCAGCAGGCAACAGUUUUAUACAGAAUCUUUAUGCCCCUGAUCCUGAUCCCGAACUAACGAUAGAGGAAUAUGAACGAACAACGUCACAAAACGAUGAACUGGGAAUUUUACACAUGAAUACUGAGAAUUAUGCUGAAUCCUGAAACUGAAAUUGGUAAUUAAAUAGAGAAUAAUUAAUACAAGGCUGAGAUUCUGACUACUG